AUGACGAUUUUCACUAAGACGGAGAAUACCGAAGAGAAAAAGCCAGCCGGCGAGAACGAGAAGGAAGCCACGCCAAAGGUAAUAGUUUUUUUUUUCUCUCAGUAUGCUAUUCCGCGAAAUGAUAUUAUCAAUUUUUGAAAGAAUAAGGCAAAAACUUCAGCAGGUUGUCGUUUGUGACGCCGAGGAAGAGCGACACAUCAGCAACUGCGGCUGGAUUCCGAUGGAAGGUGGAAACUUCGACCGGUGAGUAGAAGACAUUACUGUUUCAGUUCUUUUUUUUGAGGCUGAUUCAAAAAUAUUUUCUAUUUCGUUCAAUAAUAAAAAAAAUAACGUAAACAUUCAAAGCUAGUUGAACAAUGGAUCGUUUUCAAAAUAAUCGAUCGUUUUGAAUAAUAGAAACGUUCGUUUUUAAGUAAUACUGAUACUCCGUUGAUCAGCAGGAUUUUUCCCACGAUUUUUGUAAACAUGAGCAAUAACCGAGCAAAUGUGAAAAACAAACAUACUGCGACGUGAGGCAGUUGAACAGUGCAAACACUUGCGCCCCGGUCAUUUUCUCGACUUUUUCGUGCUUUUGUGCUUGGCCUUCGGUCAACAGUCUCGUUUGUCGGUGCUGAUCAAAAAGGAUGCGAACGCCUUUCUAUUUUUGGAAGUUUUUGUACACUGGGCUUGGAGUUUUGAGUAAGUCAAAACAUUUAUGUUUGAAAAAAAGGGAGAACAAAAUGCCGAUGGUGCAAGAAAAAGUAAUCAGAAAAAGACCGAGUUUUGGACACAUUGAUGAAAACAAAAAAAAAUUUCGAAAAAAACACAAAAAAAUUCGAAGACUCGAAUGACCUACCAUUUUUUAAUCUUCCGGCGUCAGGCUCGCUUUUUUUGCGUAUAAAUAGCAUAAUCAACGAAAUUUUUUUCGUCACUCGAUUCAUUCUUUUUUUCUGAUAUACGACAUAAACUGCAUUUCUUACAUGGCAGAAAAUUGAAAAAAAACCUUUAUAACAAAAUGAUUGACUCUUUGUUUUGAAUUCUUAGUAAGCUUUGUCUGAACUUCUUGACACUUUUCAGGAACUUGAAAAGUGUUAUUGAUUUUCGAUUUCGCUUUAUUUUUUCACUUUCGCCCAUUUACAGGCCAAAGGAGAAGAGAAGCUCAUCAUUCGGACCUCUUUCGAUUAUUCGUCUUUCGCCUUCUCCAUUGGCGCGAACUCCGUCGCCGUCUCCACCAGACUAUGAGAACGCAAAGAACGAGAGACGGUAUCACAACGAUAAAUCGAAAUUCUUUCAUUUUUUUUCUCUUUCCAAUAUAAACAUGGUGAUUUUUAGCAUUCGACGAUGCACGAAAAUCACUCUUUUCUUCAUUGCUUUGUUCACGAUGGGAAUCGCAGUUUCUUUCUUCUUCUACCAGAGAGGCUUGAUCAAGUUUGAAAUUUUUUUUUGAUAUAGCUCUCGAUUUUCACACUUCAUGCAUCGGUUUUCAGCGUCGCCUAUCAGAAAGGAGUGUACCACGGCUGGAAUGCAGCCACCUUCAGCAACCGAGGAAUUGCCGAACGAUUGGAACAAAACGUCGAAAUCAACCCAACUGAGGUUAGCGGCUUUUUUUUCUUCCUAUCUACAUAAGUAAUUUUUUCAGUCAUACGAAAAAAUCCAAGUGCCUCGGUUUGGCUCGAAUCGACCGGCGGUUUUUCUUCAUGACUUCAAAAAGGUUUUUAUACUUGCUUUUGAGUAAGUCAAGUAAUAAACUUUAGAAUUUGACCGCCAUCGUUGACGUUAUGGGCAAAAGAUGCUUCUUGAAGGAUUUGGACAGGUCUACCGUUGCCUCGCCAAGAAAUCUCAUCGAUAUGCUUCGUGCUAUGGAUGUGAGCUUCUUUUUUUGAUGUUUGCUGUUUCAAACUUUGCUUAGCUUUUUUCUAUCUUCUGUAAAUCAAAUUUGCAUGCUCUAAUGAAUCAAAUUUCAACGAGAAAGUUAUUUUAACCAAUUUUCGCGCAAAGAAUUUGUGCAGGUUUUGAAUGUGAUCUUCAGCUUUUAACAACUUUCAAGUAAUUUUUCAUUUUUCUGGAUUCUCAAAGUCUGCCAACUAGUAAUUUUUCUGCAGACUGCCCCCGCCAUGUCAACCGGUGCGCAGCCGCGCGUCGUCCGAGAGACAUUCCGUGUCGGUGCAGCCUUGACUGAAACCGAGAUCUCAUCUAUCGCCAGUCCGAUGCUUGCGCGUCACUGUGCUUACCGACCGACUUAUAUGCUCAAGAAGGCUUCUAUUGAAGAAGGCUCACGAAGAGUUCGCCGAGGUGAGACUUCAAAGUCUUCCGAGAAAUUUUUCCAUCUAUUUAAUUUUUUAAGUAGGGUCAUGAUUCAUGGAUUUUUCAAGAUUAUUUUUCCAAAUUACUUGAAAUUCUCAACCACCAAAAAAAAGAAGAUAUUUAAGAAGGGUUUUUCGUUCCAUUAGGGUGGAAAACUCAAUCUUAAUAGUCUUCAUGGUUUUUUUGCUCAUUCACAUGUUGGCUUCAUUCAAAUGGAAAAAUGCUGCAAAACUAGAUCAAUCACAAAUAAAACGCAUCUGUUUGGAAGAAUAUUUACAUUAGAAUUUUUACUUCAUACGGAAAAAAGUGUAUGUUUCAAAAAAAAAAUGGCCCUCGUAAGUUUGCCUUAAACAAAAGUUUUUGGCUUUUCGGCUCCAAGAGAUUGUUUUUGGAUUUUUGGAGCUAAUAGCGAUCCAAUGAAGUUUUUCAAAGAAACUUUGGGAUUUUUUUUUCAUACCGACCAAUACUAUUUACAGACGUCGACAGCGUAAACUCGCUCAGUUUCGCUUCCAUGGGAGGUUCGAGCAUCGAAGUGGACGAGAUCCUUUUCUAA